UCAGGCAGAAACGAUAGCAAAUACUGACAAGAGAAACAGGAUCAUAUCGAUCACGGUUGACCGUUCCAUUGCUGAUCGAACUGCCCGAUCACCAAUGCCAUCCACUGACGACGGAAGGGCGGGCGACAUCUGUGUCUGGCUCAUCACUGCCAUCCUCAUCCUCAGCAUCAUCAGCGGAGGCAGCCUGCUCAUCGCCUACAUCGCCCUUCCUGCGACAAGAACCACUUCUUGGUUCCCCAUUGCCGGAAUGGUCCUCAUCGCCAUCCCCUGGUCCUUCUGGAUACUCACCUGCAUCUACCGCACUGUCAUCGGAAUCUACUCUCCAGGCACUUCCAGCAACCCCUCCAUUAGAGCAGCCGCCGUUGCUCCAGCCAACGCGAACACCACUUCUAAUGGCGCCGACGAUGGGGUCGCAUCACCCGUUGGUUCUCCCGGUGGGAUGAGGAGAGUGAGGUUCGGGAACGCGACAGUGCUGGGAUCGAUGGAGGGAUCAGGUCCGGGCACUCCACGGGGACAGGCGGGAGGCGAGAGGGACGACGUAUCGCCAAACUCCAGCGAACACCGGGAGAGUGAACGGCCAUUAACACUAUCAAUGCAUUAGCUGUUUGAAGAAGCUCAUGAUGAUUGUCGCUCUCUCUGUUAUGUUUUUGUGUCAUUGUAUAGGAUUUUGUUUGAUUUGUUAGUAUUAAGGCACAAUCACCAGAAAAUUAUUUGUUGCUUUACUUCCUUUAACAUUUAGAAGGAUACAUUCUACAAAUCCACA